AUGGCAGAGAUAAUUCCUGUUGCCUUUUGUCUUCUUGCAGUUGUCGGGGCAGAGGUAAGAGCAAUCAAUAGGACUGUGAAGUUGUGGUAUAUAGCUGGGUCUCCUAAGGAAGGCUCAUUUUUCUCUGCAGAGGAUUUUGUUACUCCUGUUCCUGGCCAGCUCUCGAAUGUUUUUUGCCCUCUCUGUUUAGAUCGCUGUGGUUUUUGAAAAUGCUCAAUUUUUUCGUAUUCCUUCAGUAAGUGGGGGAUCCCUGCAGCUGAGUUCAGACAUGGAAUGUUGGGAUUCAGUCGGCUUUUUAAUCAUUGCUGUCAGCUACAAUGUGACGAUUAUUGGUGAGUAUUAAAAAAACAAAAACCCACAUCUUAAUUGUUGUUCAGGGUUGGCACCCAGUUCCUGGGAACUGUCCUGGUUUUUGUUCUGUGCCUGUGUAUUUUUGGUUGUUUCACUCGUUUGCAUUUUAAUAACAUUUGCUUGUAAAUGAAAAAUUUGCUUGAUAUUGCUGUUUGACGUCUAUCCUUUAUUUAAAUUUAGGGCCAUUUUUGGUCUUUCUCAUUAGUUGUUUCAGGGCUUUUUUUCAGCCGGAACUCACUGGAACUCCGUUCCGGCACCUCUCAGAUUGGCACCAAUGCCAUUAUAGGAGAACAUCUCUUUUUCUAGAAAAAUAGCACAUGAAGACAAAUGCAGAUGCAAGAGCAUGAACUUAUUAUGCCCUGCAAGAUAGCCUAGUUACACUUUUAUUAAGCAAUCAUUUCAACAGUGCAGAUCCCAGAUGAAAAUAAGGAGGCUUGAAGUAAUUUGAUGGGCAAUUGCUGAACCAAGUUCUCACUGAGUCCUCUGUUUGAUUUUUGAGGCCAAUAGCUAGCAUGUGUACAUCUGGUUUCCCCCUUAACUUUGCACUGAUCGAAAAACUUGAUUCUGUCAGUCCUCUUGGUGGGAGUGAUUUCUGUGGGUGUUUAUACUCACAUUGCCUACAGCAAUUUGGAGUAAAUAAAUUAAUGAAGGUCAUUGCUAAGCUCUUAAUGGGUUCAAGGCAUUCUAGAAUUCGCUCUCUCUAGAGCUGAGAUGCCUUGUGUUCCCAAACCGAUGUGCCAAAUUUUUAUUUUUUUAAAAUUAUGUAUUUAUGCUAUAUCUUUCCCCCCUGAUUUUUUUUCUCUCCCAGCAAAUGGGGCUCCACCCUCAAGGUAGCAAACAAGCAAGCAAGAACAGUACUAAGAGUGCAUACCAAAAGCUUUGCAUUUCCUCCGUCUCCAUUUCUCUUCUCUUGUGAUGAAAAGUUGGGCUUGUUGACCCUCCGAUUUCUGUCUGUGCAGAACUUCCAAGUCUUUGGGCAAAAGGCCAUAGCUCAAUGGUAGGGUGUCUGCUUUACAUGCAGAAUGUCCCAGGUUCAAUCCCCAGCAUCUCAGGGCUAAGAAAGAACCCCAGAGAGCUUCUGCCAGUCAGUGUGAACCAUACUGAGCUAGAUGAACCAAUGCUCUCAUUCAGCAUAAGGCAGCUACUUCUGUUCCUAUGCUUUAUUUAAAAAAAGGGGAAGGGGAAAAAGCUUCUCUCAAAUGUUCACCUGUGGUAGAGCAACCACCUAUGCUUCAAAAUUGGGAAGCGUCUCCUGAGAAAUGUUGCCAGGUGCACCUUAGGAGAAAUCCUCAAAUCGUCUUUAACAAUAGCAAACUCUGUUAUCUGAGUGCUGCACCCCAGAUAGCCAAAGUGGUCCAUCCAUGAGGUGCUGGAGGAACUGCAGGAGGCUCAAAAGAACCCCAAGUUUUGCUGAGGUAUUGAAAAACCUUCUGAAAAGAACAUUAAAGUGGGUGCUGGGGUGCACAGAACACAGGCUAAUGAGGACACAGCAUGUUGUAGUCUGACAAUGUUUUCAGUCGGUUAGGUUGUGGAAGGCUGAUAAUCUCCGAUCUUCAUUUUGUUUCUCAAGGAUUUCUACAUUAUGCACCUCAGCCACUUUCUGCCAUGCGAGUCAAGAUGCGAGCGAAAACCCUUUCACAUCCCCCGUUCCCAAUGUGAGCAGCAACAGAGCCUUCACAGAAUUUAUCAUCAUAGAAUUUAUCAUAGAAUCAUGGAGUUGGGAGGGUCCGUGAGGAUAAUCAGGUCCAACCCCUACAAUGCAGGGAUAUUUCACCCAACGUGGGGCUCAGUCUGUGCAUCUCAGCUGUUGGCUCCCAUACACAUGACAACAGAGAUAAAUGGAUGUGAUCAGCUGAGUGUCAGGGGUGAACUCUUAACCAAAGCCCUCUGUUGCUGUAUUUAUGGAAUAUCUAGAGUAGGGUUACCAUACAUCUGGAAUUUCCCAGACAUAGCUGGAAUAUGGCAGUCGGAAACAGUGUCCAGGCGGAAAUCUCUUAAAUCUCCAGGGAAAUCCGGAUGUAUGGCAACUCAUGUCAGAAGUCUAGAUUUUGGCGAAUUUCCUUAAAAAUAGCUCAAAACUUAAAUUCUCAAAAAACAACAACACCUCAACAACUUUUGUGUUCACUUUUUGAAAUAUGGCAACCGUAAUUUACCCUCUUGCCUGCUGGUUGGCUGGUGUAUGAGUGAGCCAACUGGUGAAGCUGGUGUGUGUGUGUAUGUGUGUGGUUGCCAACCAGGGUAAAAAAUAUGCAGGGAUUCUACAAUACGACACAACUCCUUUAGCGAUGACAUGUCUACCUUUGUUCUUCCUUUCUAGGGAAGAUUUGGUUAACUCUUGUGAUCCUGCUGAGGUUUAUGGUGAUAUUCUUAGCAGCCUACCCUCUCUACCAAGACGAGCAGGAACGCUUUGUCUGCAACACUUUACAGCCAGGGUGCUCCAAUGUGUGUUACGACAUUUUUGCUCCUGUGUCCCACUUUCGCUUCUGGCUCAUUCAGACCGCGUCUGUCUUGCUCCCUUACGCCAUCUUUGGCGUCUACGUAUUGCACAAAGUGUGCAGGCAGGUUGUGAAGGCACAUUCCGCAGCCUACCGUCGCUACAAAGAUAUCAAACCUUCGGCGGGCGGCAAAGUCGCAAAGAAAUCGUCCAAAGGGAAAAGGAGCAGAGUCACCCAUACAGGAAACGAAAUGGCUGUUCCUGAUUUUUCCAGGGCGUAUGCAGUUCACCUUCUUCUGAGAAUAUUGACAGAGGCCAGUUUUGGAGUGGGGCACUAUUACCUCUUUGGAUUCUUUGUCCCAAGACGUUUCUCCUGCAACCAAGCCCCUUGUUCAAGUUACGUGGACUGCUACAUCUCCAGGCCCACAGAAAAAUCCAUCAUGAUGCUUUUCAUCUGGGGGCUCAGCAGCCUCUCAUUCUUCCUCAGCCUUGUUGACCUGGGCUUUGCCUUCCGAACCAAUGCUGUUAGGAAUCGGAGAAGGAAGCUGCUGUCAGAAAGUUUCGCGGCCGGAGAGAAAUGCAGUCCUGGCCUGCUGCACCAAGGGGACAAGCUAAGCAACGAUUUGCUGGGGGGCCAAGGCAACACAGCCGUCAUUGACAACUGCAGCAACUGUUUGCUUGGCCGAGAGGUGAAGGAAGUGUGCUCCUUUCAAGCUGUGUUCAAUCCUCAGCAAAAAAAUGGCCCUAACCUCAACAGUAGUAACAGUAGCAACAAAUCGUGUGUUGGAUCUGCCCACCAAGAGGGAAAAGGGGUGUCUUUCCAUGACAGUGAGCAGCCAGAGAUCUCCUGUGAGCAGUUGAGAUUUGAGCAGCCGCCAGGCGUUCUCAAAGGAGCGUUGGUUUUUAAAACCCUGGACGGGUGCCGUUAUGGAGCCCAUUCGCCUGCAAGUAGCCACAAGCCCUCGGUUCAUUAUUCUUCCCUUGAGAGAAAGGCUUCUGAUGUCCAAUCUGUCUGCAGCAGUGCUGGCUGCCCCAGAUCCAAAAAAUCCGAAUGGGUGUAA